CAGCAAAUUCAGUCCAAGUUCAGAAAAAGAUAAAAAGAUUGGAUCUUUGAUUAAACAGCAGAGCAUAACUCACGCCGGAAUCCAGCUCUCACCGUCCAUUUCUUGUUUUCCAGAUUCCAUUCUUCCCCCCACUAGCUCUCCUUCCUUCCUUCCUUCCUUUUCUCUAGCCCUGCUUCUCAAUCCUUCAUGAGCAUUAAACCCCACAAUCACAACAGUGUCAACGCCGCCUUCCGCUCUCUUCUCACUUUACCUUUUCCCCCUCAAUUUUUUUUUUCUCCGGUUGUUUUCUUUCUUUCUCCGGUUGAUUUUUGUGGUUUUGUUGUUCUUCUAACACCGAAAAAAUGACUGUGGAGCAAGGAGUUGGAGGGAAUCAGGACCAGUUCCCCAUCGGCAUGCGGGUACUAGCUGUCGACGAUGACCUAACUUGCCUCAUGGUUCUGGAAACCCUGCUUCGCAAAUGCCAAUAUCAUGAGGGUCUGGGUUGGUUAUGAGAAUUGAUUGCCAGAUUCAUGUGGGUUUUGGGGGGUCUUUUUGUUGUUAUUUCUGCAGUGACUACUACUAGUCAGGCAAGGAUGGCAUUGAAGAUUUUGAGAGAAAGGAGGAACGACUUUGACCUUGUUAUCAGUGAUGUUCAUAUGCCAGACAUGGAUGGUUUCCAUUUACUCGAGAAAGUUGGGCUUGAAAUGGAUCUCCCUGUCAUAAUGUUGUCAGCUAAUGGUGAUCCGAAGGUGGUGAUGAAGGGGAUUACUCAUGGCGCUUGUGAUUACUUGCUGAAGCCAAUUCGGAUCGAGGAACUCAAGAACAUAUGGCAGCAUGUUGUAAGGAGGAAGAAGACUGAUAAUAGGAGCAAUGUUGAUAGCACGGUGAAGCCUCAUUCUCAGAGUGGCGAAGCAACAUCGGACCACAAACUGAACAAGAAACGAAAGGACCAAAAUGGUGAAGACGAUGAUGACCUUGAUGAGAAUGGAAAUGACAAUGACGACCCCAGCAGCCAGAAGAAACCCCGAGUUGUUUGGUCUGUGGAGCUGCAUCGCAAGUUUGUCUCUGCUGUCAAUCACUUGGGCAUCGACAAGGCUGUACCAAAGAAGAUUCUGGAGCUAAUGAAUGUUGAGAAGCUGUCGAGAGAAAAUGUGGCAAGUCACCUUCAGAAAUAUAGGCUUUACCUCAGAAGGAUCAGCACAGUGGCGAACCAGCAUGCUAACAUGGCAGCAGCUUUAGUGAGCACAGAUGCUUCAUAUUUGCAAAUGGGUGGUUCUUUAACUGGAUAUGGGUUACAUAAUGUUGCUGGAAAUGGGCAAUUUCAUAAUGGAGCAGGUUACAUAUCUGUAAAUCCGAAUGGCAUGCUCGGGAGGUUGAAUUCACCCGCUGGUAUGAGCAUUCACGGUCUUCCUUCUUCUGGAAUGGUACAAGUAGCAUCUCAUGUACAAGGUGGCAGAAACCAUUUGACUACUAAUCAGAGACAGUUCCAGUCAGGAAUAAGCAAUGCAGAUGUUUUACAAGGGAUGCCGGUUUCGCUAGAACUUGAUCAAAUACAGACGAACAAUAAGGGGCUUAAUUACAUUAGACAACACAUUCCUCCUGCAACUGAAACUACUACUGCUGCUUUCCCUCCUGACAUGAGUAUGGUUGUUGGCAGUGGCUCGAAUGGUUCGUUCAUGGUAGGGGCUUCAGAAAAACCCUUGCUCCUUGAUCAUGGUCGAUGCAAUGAGAACUGGUCAAAUACUUCUGCUCAUUCCACCGGCAGUACAACCAUGUUCCUUGAUCAUUGUGAUGUCCCUUCGCGCUCUUCACUGCCCAUUCAUUUGCAGGGCACAAAAGCAGACUCAGGAUGUCGGGUUGUUUCUGCUGGCAGUAAUGGUGCCCAAAUGAUGAGUAAUGCUCCACAGCAGGGCUGGGAUAGAUUGGCUGCACCUUCUUACAACCACUUCAAUAAUGUGGGAUCAAGUUCAGUGAACUUGUCGAUUCAAGAUAAUGGCGGGGUUGAUAUGAUUAACCAGAGAUGGGAUGCAAAUAAUGCAAGCUUGCUGAGAACUCCGAGCUUCAGUUCUGCCGGACAAUCGAAUUUCUUGGACACAUCGUCUGUGAAGCACAAUGGUCUAUCAGUGGAGAUACCUCGGGUGUCGAUUGCACGUCAACCAAACCAGCAACAUAAUUUGCAGACGGGUCACAGUCACGUUGGCUCCUUGGAAGAUGUAGCUGGGUUUAUGACCACUCGGGAAUGGACCAGGUGAAACUAAUCAAGAAGUUAUUCUCUCGACAGUAAGUAAUCAGCAAGCAAAUGCAUAUAUAACAUAGAUUCUUAUGAGGCAUCAUGCAACUGGUAAUCAGUGGACGAAGAAGGGUUUCUUUGUGGAAUUCACAGUUCAUUGCAUGAACCACCAUUGUAGCUUAUUCCCCCUUUACUCUAGAGAAUUGCAGCAAGGUGUAUGUGGUCGUUGUUUCUCACUUCCUUUCGUUUUGUCUCAUCGCCUCUGUUUUAACUUAGAGCCAGAGUGGAAAUUUUCGUAAUAAGUUGAUAGCAAUGGAGAUCAGUUCGUAAUCUGCAAUAAAGUGUAGCCAUUGCUAGGGUCUGGAGAUUUUGUGUGUGCUGCUUCCUCUUGUUUUAUCCGAGAUGCCCUUGCGCACUCCCUACGUCGCCCUGCACCAGGAACAUGAAUAUAUUGAAAAGCACGUCGGUGGUUAAUCGGCUUUUGACAUUGAUCCACAUGCAACCCGAAUUAGAGUAGAUGGAUAAUUGAUGAGGGUGGAUUGUGGAUUGAUAAAUUUUCUACUCGUACUUGUUUUAGCUAAGAUUGAGAUGAGCGGAGUGUUGGUCACCCGAAUGACUCAGCACCAUAUUUUCAUAUGAGAAAAAUGUUAUUUUUUUUAUUUAUACUAUUGAAUAUUCACGAUAUUUUCUAAUUGCACUGUACAGUCACCAUCGAUUUCUAAAGAUGGAGAAUAAAGAAUGAUUUUGAAC